AAUCCGGAAAAACGUCGGGGUCCGAUGCGUGUUGUAGCAAGUAGGGGGUCGUCCUUGUUUGGUUCAAGGUAGAUAUUGCGCGAUGGACCUGGACGCAUGCUUGGACAUCCUCAAGGCCCGCCAGGGCUGCGACCACGAGGAGCAUGCUGGCCAUGAAGCGACGCCCUGCGCCGUGGCCAACGUCAAGCAGACGCUCGCGCACGACUUGCACCUCGAGAGCUGCGUGCCCGAGGAUGACGACCUGCAGGCGACGUCGACCCGUGGCUUGUACGAUGCGUUCAUGCGCUGCCAAAGCAAGCGCGUCGAGAUCUACGCGCGCUUCGAGACGGGCUUUGUCGAGCUCAUGUUCAAGGACGAGUUUGCCGUCUUUUCUCAAGAAAUCACCAAGCAUUUUGCGGCCGUGAGCGCCGAGAUCAACCGCAUCGAGGCGACGCUCCGCGCGCGCGACGCGACGACGCUCGCCGCCCUCAUUCGCAAGGUCCAGAUCCAGGAGAAGGAAAAGCUCCUCCUCACGUCGGCCUUGCUCUUGGAGCGCAUGCGAUCCAAGCAGACGCGCGACGACGACGUGUCAGCGAGCAUCUACGACACCUCGAUCCGGUCCAUGGAGGGUACCCACACCAAGAUCAUUGAAGCCAUUAACGAGCUCCUCGUCGAGAUGCAGUACGAGGUGGCGGAGCUCGACGCUUAAGUGCAAUGGAAACAGCUAGUAGACAGAUUAUGGACACGACGUCGUCCUGUAUUGCGCUUCCUAGUCUUAGUCCGACUUGGCCUUGGCGGCCGCGGCCGACUCUUUGAGCGUAAAGAUUUGCGCCGUCUCGGGCACAGCGCCGUA